CAGAUGGUCACACCACCCCUGUCACCAAAAACCGAAUUGUUUGCGUGUUCAACGCGAAUUUUAAUCGUGAUUGCCGGCACAGCUUGGCUGACUUAAAUACCCAGAACGGGAUAAGAUAACUAGGGCAGGACGAGAUGCAGCACGGACUACUCCUCGCGGGACUUGCGCUGGUCAGCAGCCUUUCCAGCGGUGCCGCCACGGACUCCAACGUGGUCACCUGCGGCUCCAUCCUGAAGCUCCUCAACUCGGAUUACUCCUUCCGCCUGCACUCCCAUGACGUAAAGUACGGAUCCGGAUCCGGCCAGCAGUCGGUGACGGGAGUGGAGCAGAAGGAGGACGUAAACAGCCACUGGGUGGUCAAGGCCCAGACCGGCGAGCUGUGCGAACGAGGCGAGCCCAUCGCCUGCGGAUCCACCGUGCGACUAGAGCACCUGACCACCAAGAAGAACCUCCACUCGCAUCACUUCUCGUCACCGCUCUCUGGCGAGCAGGAGGUUUCCGCCUACGGAACCGACGGCCUCGGGGACACCGGCGACCACUGGGAGGUGGUCUGCUCCAACGACAGCUGGAUGCGGAAUGCCCACAUUAGACUGCGCCACAUCGACACCGGCAUGUACCUGGGCAUGUCCGGACGCUCCUACGGCAGACCCAUCUCCGGCCAAAUGGAGAUCGUGGGCGUGCACAAGCCGCAGCACGGAACGCGCUGGACCACGGCGGAGGGCCUCUUCAUCGUGCCCAAGGAGAAGAGUUCCACGCACGAGGAGUACGCCCACUCGGAGCUGUAGUGGAGAUAAGGCACCUCGACUACUCUGUACUACUAUUAGUUCUUUAACUUAUAAUUUAGUUGAAUUUGUAUGUAAAGCCAUUGCAUGGCGAGUUCAUUUUAUAUUAGACCCUCAAGGCAAACCAACAAAUUAAAAUUAUUUAAAUUCAGGGAAAA